AUUAUGAUACCUCAGAAUACAGCAAUACCAUCAUUAUGGAGUGGGACCUGGUGUGUGAGCGCAAGUGGUUGCAGAUGCUCACCCAAGCCACGUACAUGAUCGGCAUCAUGUUUGGAGUAAUGUUCUGGGGGAUUGCUGCUGACAGGUACGGUCGAAGACCCACUCUGUUCGCCUGCAUUGUGCUGACUUCGUUCUUGGCCAACCUCAUCGCGGCCGCCGGCAGCGUCGAGCAAUUCCUGGUAUUGCGCUUCCUCACGGCGUUCUGCGGGAUCGGCGCCUACACUUCCAGCUUUGUCAUGAGUAUGGAGCUGGUCGGCGACAGGUGGCGCGUACUGCUCGGCAUCGCCUUCUUCCUGCCCAUGUCCUUCAGCUUCAUCGCCCUCAGCGGCAUCGCCUACUUCAUCCGAGACUGGCGGAUGCUGCAGCUGGCCGUCUCACUGCCCAGCGUUCUCUACGUGGUGUACUUCUGGCUGGUGCCAGAAUCGCCCCGCUGGCUGAUAUCCCGCCGGCGUAUGGCUGAGGCUACAGUCAUCAUGCAGAAAAUACGGCGCUACAAUGGGCAACAACCUGUAGACGACUUCAAAGUCUCUCAGGGCGGCGAGGCGGGAGACGGCCGGCGCGCCGAGGCCUGUCUGGACCUGAUCACCAACGGGCGCAUGCUGGCGGUGACCGGGUGUCUCUUCUUCGGCUGGUUCGUCAACAGCCUGGUGUUCUACGGAAUAUUGCUUAACACGGGAGACUUUGGCGAGGACAUCUACUUGAACGCUUGUCUCGGUGGCGUGGUGGAGAUACCGGCGUACGCGCUCUGCACGUACGCCACCUACCGGCUGGGUCGGCGGCGACCCAUCAGCUGCACCAUGGUCGGCGCCGGCCUUGCCUGCCUGCUCACCCUGGCCUGUGAGAAAGGUGCAUAUCAGUACGACUGGCCGAUAGUCUCUCUGGCCAUGAUCAGCCGGUUCUGCAUCACGGCCUCGUUCGGCUCCAUCUACAUCUACUCAGCCGAGCUGUUCCCUACGGCCGUGCGCAACACCGGGCUGGCCAGCUGCUCCUUCGCCGCCCGCUUCGGUGGUAUCCUCGCCCCUCUCCUCCUACUGUUGCGUGACGAGGUGCACCCGGCCUUCCCGGUGGUGGUGUUCGGACUGGCGGCGAUGGUGGCCGGCCUGACCAUCCUGCUGCUGCCGGAGACCGCCGACCGGCCCCUGCCGGAGUGCAUCGCCGACGUGGUC